AUGGAGACGUUCUUAAUGGUGAAACCCGAUGAGUUUCGAGCUUUGGUAGAUUAUUACAAGGGAAAAAUUACUGAAAGUACUCUUCUGGACAAAGCCACACGCGUGGCCGCCAAAGCAAAACUGUUAUUAGAAGAUACAUCUACUCUUGCUUCUUUAAAAGAACCUGUGGUAAAAGAAUUGUUGAUGCAAGAACGCAAGCUUACUGAAAAAUUGAGACAGAUUCCUAUCGCUGGUGGUGUAGAACCUCUACCUCGAGACGAUGAGGGUAAUCUCAUGGAGGGGUUGCAAGAGGGAUUGUUAAAAUAA